AGCAAAAAGCCAUCCUCCUGCUCUCGCUUCCUUGGAGGCUUGAUAAAACGCUUCUUGAGUGUCAACAUCAACCGGCAUAAGCAUGACACGAACAGAGGCGUCUCCAGCUGAAAACAGGUUCUCCGCUGCCUAUAAACGCUUGUUGAUAAAUAAUCUCCAGAUCGAAUUGGAAGACAAACGCCGAAAGUACGAAGAUGAGACUGCCCGUCUGGAAGAAUCCUUGUUCUUUCACUGUGAAGAAGCUUGGACCAUGCUCCCGAUGGAAGUUCGAAAUAUGACCGUGGAGACUUUUUGUGUCAAGUACGGAGGAGAUUUGAACAACUUUUUGAAGUCGAUGAACAAGGGAAGUGGUAAUGGUGCAAAGGCAAGUCAAGGAGUGCGCGGUGGAAGAACAGCCUUGCGAGACUUUGAACAGAUUGAACCGGUACAUCCUCCCACAUUCAGCCACUACCUCCCUCAAACUCCUGCCUCUAGCCGACAAGUAUCAUCGGAUUCCAGAGACUCGGUCUCAACCGUAUCAUCCCGUCGGAUGACACUCCGCUCGUACAGCAAAAGUUCGAACGAGCCACCACCUACACCGCUUGUAACCAUUCCAUUACGAAAUACCCAGGAAAUAUGCGAAUUCGAUCCUACGAGUUAUGCAUCCAUUGACGAGAUGCGAGAGGAAAUGGGAGACGAUAAAUGUGACGAAGCGUUGGCGCGGAUAAGAGACAUGCACGAGCAGCUUAGUCGCCUUUUGGGAUUUUAAAUACGGGAAUGUUGGCCCAUCGAGGUCUACUAGUAGUUAUCUGUAGUUAUCUGUAUAUAUCUUGGUAAGAAGCUCUAUUAUUUGAUCGACCUUUGAAAGAUCUACCUUCUAUCUUUGGUAUGACAAAUCUAGCAUAUUCUAUCCACCAGUAGGACGGUUUAUAUGAGGUAUUGUAAAAGAACUAGCAGUUGACAGC